AUGCCAAAGGUGUUCAAGAACAAACACCAAAGAAUUCAUCACAGUGCCGAAAGUGCCCAAGAACAAAUGUCAGAGAAUUCACCACAUAACGCCAAAGGUGUUCAAGAACAAAUACCAGAGAAUUCAUCAAAAGAAUUCAUUACAGUGCCAAAAGUGCCAAAGAACAAAUGCCGGAGAAUUCACUACACAACAUCAAAGGUGUUCAAGAACAAACACCAGAGAAUUCAUCAAAGUACCGAAAGUGCUCAAGAACAAACAUCAGAAAAUUCACCACAUAAUUCCGAAGAUGUUCAAGAACAAACACCAGAGAAUUCAUCACAUGCCGAAAGUGCCAAAGGACAAAUGCCAGAGAAUUCAUCACACAAUGCUGAAGGUGUCAAGAACAAACAUCAGAGAAUUCAUCACAGUGCCCAAGAACAAAUGCCGGAGAAUUCACACACAAUGCUGAAGGUAUUUAAGAACACCAGAGAAUUUAUUAUAGUGCCAAGAACAAAUACUGGAGAAUUCACCACACAAUGCCAAAG